GUGUGCUCUCCCGAUCUUGUCCCGCUUAGAUAAAUCGUCAAAAUGUCGAAGGGCGGUUUGAAGACGAUCGCCAAUGAAGAAAAUGAGGAGAGAUUCGGAUAUGUCUUCGCCGUAUCCGGUCCCGUCGUCACAGCGGAGAAGAUGUCCGGAUCCGCUAUGUACGAGUUGGUGCGUGUCGGUUACAACGAGCUGGUAGGAGAGAUUAUCCGUCUUGAGGGUGACAUGGCCACCAUCCAGGUAUACGAAGAGACAUCGGGCGUGACAGUCGGUGACCCAGUACUCCGUACCGGUAAACCCCUGUCCGUCGAGCUCGGACCCGGUAUCCUGGGCUCAAUCUUCGACGGUAUCCAGAGACCUCUGAAGGACAUCAACGAGCUCACACAGUCCAUUUACAUCCCCAAGGGUGUCAACGUACCCUGCCUGGCCAGAGAGAUCGACUGGGAAUUCAACCCACUUAACGUUAAGCCCGGCUCGCACAUCACGGGCGGCGACCUGUACGGUAUCGUGCACGAGAACACGCUGGUCAAACACAAGAUGCUGCUCCCCCCCCGCGCCAAGGGAACCGUCACCUACAUCGCGCCCGCCGGGAACUACAAAGUCACCGACAUCGUGCUGGAGACGGAGUUCGACGGCGAGAAGGCGCAGUACAGCAUGCUGCAGGUGUGGCCCGUGCGCCAGCCGCGCCCCGUCACCGAGAAGCUGCCCGCCAACCACCCGCUGCUCACCGGCCAGCGCGUGCUCGACUCGCUGUUCCCCUGCGUCCAGGGCGGAACCACCGCCAUCCCCGGAGCCUUCGGGUGCGGCAAGACUGUGAUCUCCCAGGCUCUGUCCAAGUACUCCAACUCCGACGUCAUCAUCUACGUGGGUUGCGGGGAGCGCGGUAACGAGAUGUCCGAGGUGUUGCGGGACUUCCCCGAGCUGUCGGUGGAGAUCGACGGCGUGACGGAGUCCAUCAUGAAGCGUACGGCGCUCGUGGCCAACACGUCCAACAUGCCGGUGGCGGCUCGCGAGGCCUCCAUCUACACGGGCAUCACUCUGUCGGAGUACUUCCGUGACAUGGGCUACAACGUGUCCAUGAUGGCCGACUCCACGUCUCGAUGGGCCGAGGCGCUGAGAGAAAUCUCGGGACGUCUGGCGGAGAUGCCGGCCGAUUCGGGUUACCCCGCGUACCUGGGUGCCCGUCUGGCUUCGUUCUACGAGCGCGCUGGUCGCGUCAAGUGCCUGGGCAACCCCGACCGCGAGGGUUCCGUGUCCAUCGUGGGCGCCGUGUCCCCCCCCGGAGGAGACUUCUCCGACCCCGUGACGGCCGCCACGCUGGGUAUCGUGCAGGUGUUCUGGGGCUUGGACAAGAAGCUGGCCCAGCGCAAGCACUUCCCCUCCAUCAACUGGCUCAUCUCCUACAGCAAGUACAUGCGCGCGCUCGAUGACUUCUACGAGAAGAACUACUCCGAGUUCGUACCCCUCCGGACCAAGGUCAAGGAAAUCCUCCAAGAGGAAGAGGACCUCUCAGAAAUCGUGCAGCUCGUCGGUAAAGCGUCGCUCGCCGAGACGGACAAGAUCACCCUCGAGGUGGCCAAACUGCUCAAGGACGACUUCCUGCAACAGAACAGCUACUCGUCGUACGACCGGUUCUGCCCGUUCUACAAGACGGUGGGCAUGCUGAAGAACAUCAUCGCCUUCUACGACAUGUCGCGCCACGCGGUGGAGUCCACGGCGCAGUCCGACAACAAGGUCACGUGGAACGUCAUCCGCGACGCCAUGGCCAACGUGCUCUACCAGCUCUCCUCCAUGAAGUUCAAGGACCCCGUCAAGGACGGCGAGGCCAAGAUCAAGGCAGAUUUCGACCAGCUCCUCGAAGACAUGUCCGCCGCCUUCCGCAACCUCGAGGACUAGGUCGCCUCCUCCCCACCUCACCCGUUCGCCAUCGGACCGCCACCGCCACCGCCACCGCCACCGAGUCGUAUCGACGCGUCGAGAGUCGAUAUCGCGGUGGCCACGGUAUAUAUUAUUUAAACCGAAGCCUAACUUCGGAUUGAUGAAAUUAAAAAUUCUAAUAGAUAAUUAUUAUUGAUCGUAUUUAAAAUGUUUAAGUGUUACAGUUCGAUGUGUAGUGUAAUACCGUCGUUGAAUUCUACGAGACCCGCGGCCGGGCUCCGCCCUCUGUACAUAGACUCCCACGGGGCUCCCUCGACGUCCUCCCGCGGUCGCGCUAGUUGUUACUUGUGAUUAUUAUAAAUAUAUUUAUAUGAACUAACAUUACUAUUGGCAACAUCGUGUGACUCAUACUGUCGUCCCUGGUGCAUUCCACAUUAUAUUUAGAUAUUUCGAAAGGAUUUUUUUGUUUUUAUUUAUAAUCUUGGCAUUUUCCGUAUAUUUUUCGAUGUUCAGUAUUAUAACGAACUGCUUCUAGCGGGUAGCGGCUAGCUGUCGCGUACAAAUAUCUACAAUAAAGUAUAUCUUGCUGUUUGAACUUGAUACGUGUUGAUAGACGAAAGUUAUUAUAAAUAAAUAUUAAUUUAAA